AUGUCUGUAUGUGUGUCUCUGUUAGUGUGUGUCUGUGUCUGUGUUAGUGUGUGGGGUUUGGGUAUGUCUGUGUUGUGUAUCUGUGUAUGUAUGUGUGUGUGUUUAUGGGUAAAUAUUCUGUGUGUUUAUGUCUGUGUUAGUGUGUGUCUGUGUCUGUGUGUCUGUGUUUAUGGGUGA